AUGCUCCGAAAGAAAAAUAAUAAGAGAUUUAAUAUGCUCUUAUUGAAAGAGGAUGAAAUAUAUUUUCAGGACUUUUCAUGUACUUAUUUUAUGGGAGUUGGAGGAAGAGAGAAAUACAAAGGAAGGCUACACUUUUGCUCUCACUCGUUGGUAUUCGUUCCCGAUGAUACACGAUAUUCAAUUACAAGACAUCCCUUCGAGAAGAUAGAGGGAGGUUUCAAAAAAUUCAGACCAACCCCAAAUAAUCAACCAUUCUUUACAUCAUUCAGCGAGGAAAAUAUGUUUUGUUUUACAUGCACAGAAUUUGUAGAGAUCCGAAAGGGAAAUAAGGACCAUCCCUAUAUUUUCAAAAAACAACCAGAUACAGUAGUUAUUGGACUCACGUUUUUGACAGCUCAACAAUUUGUUGAAAAAAUUUCUCCAAUCUAUCAAUUGUUCCAAAACAAUUCUGGAUCUCCUUCCACUGAAAAGAUGAAUCAAAUUUAUGAAGAUCAAAUUGCCAAAGGUUUUUCUUUUGAUAUCACAUGGUUAGAAGAUUUCAGAGAACAAACACUAUAUGAAACUCAUGGUACAAAAGUUACACCGCUUGUCGACACCCACGGAUGUAUUUUAUUGACCAAUGAACGAAUUUAUUUCCAACCGUUCAACAACAUUAGCACAAAACCAGUUAAAAAGUAUAACUUGAGGGAUAUUAACAGAAUUGUCAAACGACGUCACAACUUGCGUCAAAUUGGUGUAGAAAUAUUUUUACAGAACAACAAGAGCAUCUUCUUUUCUUUUAAAAACCAAAUAGAGCGUGAUAACUUUUACAAUACAAUUUUAAAGCAACCAGUAAUAUCCAACAUUUCGAUGAAUGAUCAAGGCAAUAUGACACUUAAAUGGCAAAGCGGUCUGAUCAGCAAUUUUGAUUACUUGCUGUACUUGAAUUUUAUUGCAGAUCGCUCAUUUAACGAUUUGACACAGUAUCCAGUAUUUCCAUGGGUCAUUGCUGAUUACUCAAGUAAGACUCUAGAUCUUCAAGAUCCAAAUACUUUCCGAGAUUUGAAAAAACCCAUUGGUGCUCUUAGCCCAGACCGGCUGAAAUAUUUCAAAGAUCGAUAUUACCAAAUGCCAGAGCCAAAAUUUUUAUAUGGUACACACUAUUCAACACCUGGUUAUGUUCUCUAUUUCCUAGUGAGACAAGCACCUGAAUACAUGCUCAAACUUCAGAAUGGAAAAUUUGACGCGCCAGACAGAGAGUUUUGUGCUAUCAAACAAACCUAUAAUUCAGUGCUGACCAACACUACCGAUUUGAAAGAACUAAUACCUGAAUUCUAUCAAUCCACAGGAAGUUUCUUGAUGAACUCUCUGAACCUAGAUUUAGGUGUUAGAAAUAAUGGCCAACGGGUAAAUAACGUUAUUUUACCUCCAUGGGCUAAAGACGAGCAGGACUUUAUUUACAAAUGUAGAUUGGCUCUUGAAAGUGAUUAUGUUUCACAAAAUUUACAUCACUGGAUUGAUUUAAUAUUUGGUUACAAACAAAGAGGAGAAGAAGCUGUCAAGGCUGAUAACUUGUUCUAUUAUUUAACCUAUGAAGGAGCAGUCGACAUUGAAAAAAUAAGAGAUCCAAUUGAAAGAAGAGGAAUUGAAAUUCAAAUUAGAGAAUUUGGUCAAACACCAAGACAAGUAUUCACAUCUCCACAUCCUCAAAGAAAGGCAUCAACAAAUCUUUCCAAUAUUACCAAAUUUUCCGUAACCUCCUCAAACACAAUUCCUUUAGAUAUUAUUUCAGCAACCAACAGAGAUGUUCCACAAUCUCCAUCCGUCGUUCGAACUGGAUCUUCGUUAUUCAUGGAUAGAGAAUCAGGAUUUAGCACCUCUUCCAAGACGUCAUCUCCAAUGUUAAGCUCUACAAGCUCUUUUAGAUCAGUUUCUUCGCCAUUAUUUACACCCAAAGACAAUGACGACUUUGACGUGAAUGAUUUGUUGAAAUCAGAUCUUAAUCGUCCAAGUAGCUUUUUCAACAAGCAACUUGAAGACUUGGAGUCUUCUUCGUCACUCCAAUCUGCCGAUUCAUUUAGUUCUUCCUCAGUUUCAUUGGAUAGUUUAACAGACAAUAGUCCUAACCGCACAAGAAAAAAGAGAUCUACGUUGAGAAAGCAAAAACAAAAUGAGAGCUCGUUCGCUCCCAAAUUUUCAACGACCACCACAGACGAGCCAACACUCAAAGUGGAGCUUCAUCGAGAUCGUAUCACUUCGGCCAUCAUUAGUAAGGACAAAUCGAGAGUGUACACUUCCAGUGACGACAGUACAUGUAAGAUUUACUCAUUAGAAUCAAAACGUCAGUUGAGAAGAAUUGCAGAUAUGGGAGACAUGGCACUUUCUUCUUGCGCUAUUCUUGACGAGACUGCCGAACAAAAGAUUUUGGUUUCUGGAUCGUGGGAUAAUAGAAUUUAUGUGUACUCGAUCGAAUAUGGAAAAGUUUUGGACACGAUUCAAGCUCACGAGGACGCCAUCUCCAGAAUUUGUGUUAAGAAUGACAGCUUAAUUUCAAGUUCAUGGGAUUCAGCAGUCAAGGUGUGGAAAUGCACUUCUGAUUCUGUCACAUCCACUCCAAUGUUAACCUUUCAAGAUCACGAAUCUCCAGUUCAUAGUUUGAGCGUUGAUUCAUCUGGAAAUUUGAUUGUUUCAGGAAGUGAAGAUGGUUUAGUGAUUGUGUUUGAUUUACGUCAAAAGAAAGCCGUUGCUGAAUUCCAUGCUCACAAUGACGUUGUUGCUGAUGCAUGUUUUUGUGGAGAAGACUCACAACGAUUUGUGUCUUGUUCCAAAGAUGGAUCCAUUAAGCUGUUUGAUGUGUCGGGCACUGAGAUUGCUCAAUUCAGCAGUCCUGUUGUAUGUCAGGCAUGGAGAUGUUUGACUUCAGAUGGAUUCGAAUUGCUUUCAGGAGGUGAAGAUGGAAAGUUGUACAAGUGGAAUGUUCAAGAUGGAUCUCUCACCAAAGCGAUUAACGCCCACAAUUCUGCAUUAACUUGUAUUAAUGUCAGCGAAGAUGGAGAAAGUGUCAUCACAGGCAGUAAAUCAGGUGAAAUGAUUUACUGGGACAAGUAG